AUGGAACAGUUGGGCGGGGUGGGGUCCGCGCCGCUGCCGUUAGCGCUCGCCGCCGCGGUGAGAGCGGGCGCGGUAGCCGCAGCCCGGCCCGGCCUUUGGCGGCGAGGGUUCCCAGCGUCCGGGGCGGGCUCCUCCGCGGUACCGCAGCCACCGAGCAUCCAGGCAGCCAAGAAUGAUCACAGCCGCGAGGGAGUCUGUAUCCUUGGACCCCCAGGCCCCUCAAAAGCAGGACAGAAUUGUGGUGGUGAAGGUGGAGGCAGAGGGCCACUUUAUCCUCGCAGCCGGGAGCUGGCCCACUCGCGCUUCAGACGGUUCUACCACCAGGAGACCAGGAGAUUUGCCACCCGGACCGGAAGUUUCCUGGGGGCAGAGGGCACCUCCACCAGCGGCACAAGAACCACCACACGUCGCCAGCUUCAGCCAGUGAGACCCAGUUCAAACGCGGAUCUUGGGAGCUCCACCCCCUCCAAGCCAGUGCCACCUUUGCACAGCAAUAAUAUUUGGAUUCUCUCCGUCUGGGUUCCGAUGGUGACCUCAGGACUGAGGACGGCUUCAGCUCAGAUCAGGAACUUGCUGAAGGAAGGCCUCCCCAGUGACUCAAGCAGACUCCAGGGAAGCUCUGCAGGCGCCAGAGCUGGGAGGCCCGCAGAAUGUUCCAGGCCCUUGGGCCGCCUCAGGGAACCUCCCAGAGAGCAGGCCGAGCAGCCAUCCUGCCCAAGAGAGGAGUUUCAAGCAGGAGAGAGAAGAGACAAGCCAUGAAGGUGACAAGUGACAAGCCUGCAGGCCAGGUGAGCUCCUGGUUCCAGAUUAGAAAAGAUGUCCGGGCAAAGGCCACAGCGAUGUCACACGUGUGGCUGUGGUCGAGCAGACACAGCCCUCGUUCAGCAUCAGAGCCCAUGCGGAAGAGAAGCCUCAGGUGUGAGCGAGUGGAACCGACUUCCAGAUCACCCAGAGCCCGUGUGACAGGUCAGGAGGCUGUUACUUUGAUGAGAAAAGGAGAGAGGCGGGACCACUAUGGCCCUGAGCAGGGAAGCUGGUGUGUGUGAGCUGAGGGGCACGAAGGACACAGCUAGACACGGUCCCCAAACACAGGCCUUCUCUGCGUGGCUUCGUCACCACCAGGUGUGUGCUCCCCAGGUGCCGAAGGGCAAGGGAGCUGGCCCGCUCAGCCACUCGUCAGCAGGCCACUCAGCUCCCACAUCAGCCACCUGGCCUCCACCUUAGUCCCUUCUUACGCCACUUUUCUGUCACUUCUGCUCUUUUGUAAGAAACAUAAUACAUUUUUUCUCUUCUCAACAAGCGUAAUACAUGUCCAUAACAGACACUUUUAAAAUACAUGUAAACAAAAUG